CUCUGGAAAAAGCGAGCUAUAUACGGUCGGCUGGAUCGCCGCCCUUGCCAAAGAGCUGGCGGCAGCACUGGGCAUGUUGGAUGAGAUACACGACAAACCAGAGGACUUUGAGCAGCCAUCCACUGAUCCAAACUCAUACAACUGGGGCCGAAUUGGGGUCCACAAUGUUGUCAUAGCCUCGCUAGCAGCUGGCGUGUACGGGACUACCUCUGCUGCGACAACGGCAAUUCACAUGCUAUCAUCAUUUCCGAACAUCAAGGUUGGCCUGAUGGUCGGCAUUGGAGCAGGUAUCGCGAGACCAAAACAAAAGCGUGACAUUCGGCUGGGCGACGUCGUAGUCAGCCUACCACACGGACAAUUUGGUGGAGUGAUUCAGUACGAUCUAGGCAAGAGUCGCGUUGGUAUUGACCAAGGGAAUACUACCNNCCACACUUUCGAACGCGUCGGCUCUCUCAAUUCACCUCCAGAGGCUCUUCUUAAAGCGUUGACCUCACUACGAGCACAAGUCAGAUUGAAGGGCUCAAGAGUGUCCUACUUCCUUGAGGACAUGCUAGAGCGAUAUUCCCAAAUGGCAGAGAGCGAGCCCGAUGAGCCAGGAUAUGUUUACCAAGGACAAGAGAACGAUAGACUGUUCGAAUCGUCGUACCUCCACACAAGCGACGCGGGAUGCGAGGACUGCGACCCCACCAGGAUGAUCUCAAGGACCCCACGCCCGAAGCCCAGCGUGCCUAAGGUGCAUUAUGGUCUGAUUGCGUCAGGAAACAGGCUUGUUAAAGAUGCCGUUGAAAGGGAUUUAAUCCUGAAGGGCAGUGGAGGAGACUGCAUCUGUCUGGAGAUGGAAGCAGCUGGUCUCAUGAAUUCGUUCCCGUGUCUUGUCAUUAGAGGCAUCUGCGACUAUGCCGACUCUCACAAGAACGACGACUGGCAGGAGUAUGCUGCAGCUACAGCAGCCGCCUAUGCUAAAGAAUUUCUCGGAUUUGUGAACGAUAGAGAUCUGGCCAAGGCAUCGAAAGCCUCCGAGGUCUUACGACAAAUUGUCAGACGGGAUAUUGAUUACCAUGCAGUUUCAAAAGACCUCAGAGAGACGAGUAUCAACGUCAAAACAAUCGGAGAGACGGUACAAGAAUUGCGGCUCGAUCAUCACCAGCGAGAGAUUAGAGAAUGGUUAUCAGCUCCAGACCCUUCUACAAAUCAUAACAACGCUCUGGAAAAGCACCAGAAAGGGACUGGACUAUGGUUCACUCACGGUAAAACCUUUGAGAGUUGGAAGAAGCUACCAAGGGCGUUCCUCUGGCUCUAUGGUAUCCCCGGGUGCGGAAAAACUGUUCUCAGCUCUACUAUCAUAGAGCACCUGAAAAGCAACAGCACAUCAGGUCAAGUGCUGCUCUACUUCUAUUUUAGUUUCACUGAUUCGAAAAAGCAAACUCUCGAAGACAUGUUACGUUCUCUUGUGUAUCAACUCUAUCAAGCACAGCCAGAUACCCGACAGCCCCUCGAUCAAUUAUGGAGAUCUCGGCAGUUCUCAAAGCAGUCACUGAGUACCGUCCUGCUGAUUAUGCUGAGCAGAAUCAACGAUGUCAGUAUCAUCCUAGAUGCUCUCGAUGAAUCAAGCACGAGACGUGACCUGCUUGCUUGGCUACAAAGUAUUCUCGAAACCGACUCUUCUGCUUGUCGAGUUCUAGUUACUGCUAGGAGAGAGGAGGAUAUCGAGUCAGCCCUCGAACACUGGACACGACCUGAAGACAUGAUAAGCAUCCGAGCAAGCGAUAUUGAUGGAGACAUAAGAGCAUAUGUCAGUCAUACAGUACACGACAGUAAGGAGCUCGUCAGAUGGCGGACCAGGCCAGAUGUGCGAGAGGAGAUAGAGUCAGAGCUGGCAGAGAAAGCUGACGGAAUGUUUCGUUGGGUAGCCUGCCAGAUUGAUUCUUUGAAGAAUUGCUACGACUACCCUAGUCUUCGGUAUACACUAAAAAAUCUCCCCAAGACGCUUGAUGAAACAUACUCUCGAAUCCUGGACAAGAUACCGAAAGAACACUCAAGUCAGGCCGCAACGCUCCUCAAUCUUUUGGUCUGGUCAGACCAGCCUUUAUCGAUCUAUGAACUGGUGGAUGCUAUCGCGAUCCAUCUGGACAAGGACCCUGGUUUCGACCCCAAAAUAGGAUGCCCGUCCCACGAGAGUCUGAUUGCGGUUUCACUUUCGAACGAUGAAUCUGAUGAUGACGAUCCUGAAGUGGUCAAACUUGCGCAUUUCUCUGUAAAAGAGUACCUCGUUUCCGACCACGUCUCGGUUGCUCUCAUGUCCAAGAUCAGUGAACCAGUGGCAAGAGCAUAUCUGGCCAGAUUGUGCUUGACGUAUCUUACCGCUGUGAGUGGAACUAGAAUGCCAGAUGAUCUAAAUGACCCAGCCAGUCGUUUGAUGAUCAAGUCAAACUUCCCCUUCGUCGAAUAUUCAGUCAGAUCCUGGAUGAAGCAUGCACGCAAGGCGGGAGCUGGAGAUGAAAGCUUAUGGAAGCUGACUAUGAGCUUCUUUCUCGAAAGAACCAAAGCUUUCACCCUCUUCGAUCGUUUCGAACGUCCCUACUGCUCAAAAGAGCCACCGCUCUACUGGGCCAGCUCCGGCGGUAUGGAAUGGGCGAUAGAGUAUCUACUCGAUACUGGUGCAGAUAUAAAUGCUCAAUGUGGCGGCGCGUUGCAGGUAGCUUCUUUCAAAGGUUACACCAAUAUCGUACAGCUGUUGCUCGACAGAGGUGCAGAUGUGAACGCUGGCAAUGGUGACGCGUUGAGGGGAGCUUCUUGGCAUGGUCGCGACAAGAUCGUAGAGUUGUUGCUCGACAAAGGUGCAGAUGUAAAUGCUGGCAGUGGUGCCGCGUUGCAUGCAGCUUCGGAAAUGGGCCACGACGAAAUUGUACGGCUACUACUCGAACGAGGUGCAGACGUCAAUGCACCGGAUAGAGACGGACACAACGCACUGAAAGACGCCUCAAAAGAAGGUCACUACACGACCGUACAACUGUUACUCGAAAGGCACGCUUCUCUGAGCGCAAGGGUCUUCGGUUUUCCUUUGCAAUCUGGAAUUCCACAAGCAGAGAAAGUGGUGUCAGUCAUGCUGCCCCAUCUCACUGCAGAACUCGUUGCCCAGAAAGACGAAGACGGUUGGGACAUGUUACACUACGCCUCGUACUAUGGAUCAGGACUCAUGGUGCAAAAGUGCCUCGAUCUAGGCGCCGAUGUUCAGCAUCAAGACAACCACAAACGAACAGCUCUACAUUUUGCCGCACACAAAGAGCACCUCAGCGUCGUAAAGACACUCGUACGGGCUGGUGCCGAUAUGGAGCUACCCAAUGAGGGAGGCUGGACGCCUAUUGCACUAAUGGCAGAUCUCGCUCCAGGGAAGAUCGUGCAAGAAGUUGGGAAAGAUGUCGUAAACGCAGCCGUGAAAGUAGUCGAGAGAGUAGGUCUGAAAGCAGUAGAGACAGUAGUAGAGACAGUAGUAGAGAGAGCAGUCAAGAGAGCAGUUCGAACCGCAGUCGGCCAAGCAGUCGAGAGAGCGAUCGCGGACACAAAUGGCGCCGAGGCAGACCCAAGAGACGCAGGUCCAGGUAAAACCUACUCCACACCUAGUCCAAGGAAUCAGAGAAUGGGCUUCUUUGUGUGCUGUAAGAGGGCAUGGCGCAUGGAUAAAAACCUAGAGAAUUCAGUAGAUCUUUUGAUCAAGACCAGCGCUAUCAGUAUAGAAUCGCCAUAUGCCAAAAGAGUAAAGAUACCAUUACCAAUGUUU